UUGAUACCAGUGGCCAGGCUAGCCUCACGGAUUUGGUGCGUGAGUCUAGCCAAACGGAAAAAGAAGAAGAAGAAUAACUGUAUAACAAUAUAUUUGUGAUGCCUUCUUGACAUAUCGCGACACUGAACGAAAUUUCCUCAAACAUUUUGUUAUAUUUUUGUUCUAUUGGUCAAUUUCGCAAUUUAUUUUUUAUCGUAUCAAAAUAUGUGGAAAUUUGGUUAGUUUCCUUGGCAAUCAUCUUGCCGUAGAUUUGAGAAAAACAAAAGAUCCAGAAUGCCAUUCAAAUUUCAUUUGAAAAAGAGUCGCCAGUACAACGUUGUAUCAAAAAAUCAGUAUGUUAUAUGUGUGGAAUUAUUGGAUCAGAGUUCGAUAGAGUGUACGUUGGAAAUUGAUAGUUUUGGCCAAGAAUGUUUGACGAACGUCACUCAAAGGCUUGGCCUUGGCCAGCCAGAAUACUUUGGUCUGAGAUACAUAUGUCGUUACGGGGAACCGCAGUUACGCUGGGUCGAUAUGGACAAACCCCUGAAAAGACAGUUGGAAAAGGAUGCCAAAAAUUUCAAUCUAUACUUCAGAGUCAUGUUUUAUGUCACCGAUGUUCAACUCAUCCAUGAUGAGAUGACUAGGUAUCAUUACUAUCUUCAGUUGAAAAGUGAUGUGCUGGAGGGGAGAUUACAGUGCGACGCUCGCCAGGCAAUACUUCUGGCGAGUUAUUGGAUGCAGGCUGAGUUUGGCAAUUAUGACGUAGAGAGGCAUGCUCCGGAAUGUCUUCAGCAAUACACUUUUUUCCCAAAAAGCGUAGUGCAAGCUGAACCAGGCGGUGGAGCAGCACUUUUGAAUUCCACGCUAUGCCAAUACAAAGGUUUAACCGGCGUGACUCAGGCAAUGGCUGAAGAAUUGUACAUUUCAAUUGCUGUACAAUUGGAUGGCUAUGGACAUGAGACAUUAGCAGCCAAGGAUAAUAGCAAUAACGAAGUAAUUUUGGGAGUUUCCGUUAAUGGAAUUAUGGUCGAUCACUCGACGACGCAAACGACACAAUUUUAUCGGUGGAAAGACAUCAGCAACGUCAUAAAUCACAAAAAGACAUUCAAGAUCGAGUGUCAAUCAGAACUUGAAGAUCCUAAACAGUUUGUUUUUAGUGAUUCCCGAAGUGCCAAAUACAUGUGGCGUUUGUGCAUCGCUCAACACACUUUUUAUAUGCAGCACCAAGAAGCACGACCCUCUGAAACUUUGACCGGUUACUUUGACGGCGACACAACCGAUUCGGGCGAGCAAACAGCCUCCGUUAGUUUGGACAACCGGAUUUCGGAAGAUCACAUGCGUUGGACGAGUUACAACGAUCUUUCGACUUCGCCAUAUCCGCCAGUGGCGUCGGUGCCCUCGACGGAUGUCAAUAAUUUAAGAGCGCUUCUUCCCUCCUACAGGCCAGCGCCGGAUUACGAAACGGCAAUUCAAAUGAAAUACAAUAACGGUGGAAACGUUCCGCAACCUUAUUACGCUAACCAAUCGACCAUUGCCGAUAUUUCUUGUCUCAUGACUAACGUCGUUAAUCGUAAUAGAUAUUAGAAUCAAUUGAAAAAUACAAAUUAAUCAAAAAUUACGAUUUGCGAUAUUGACUGAUGAAAUAAUCAAAAUGUAUACAGGGUCCCUGAACGAAACGUGUGUCGAACUCGUUCGAAAUACGAAAAAUUCAGAUAUAAACUUUUGGCCUUGACUCCAACACUCACAAUCGAAUGAAUCUCACGACGGUCAGAUCCAUUUUCUGUCAGGAGGACUUUUUUUGUCUAUCUGUGUUGCUGAAAUUGCAAUCUUUUCUCAACAUUGCAAUUAAAUACUUUUUUUAUGAAGUAUUCUACGAUUUAUGGGAACUCCGAAUCAUGGCGGUCAUUCCCGGAGUACUUUAUUGCAACAUUAGUUGUAGUGUUUCAAGUGGAUCUCUAACUUGACUAUUUCAUUGAGAGUUUUAGUUCCGACUAUUAAAAUAAAUUAAAAUGUUUAUCACGUUGGCUUUUGGGGCCACAGUUAGAAGAGUCGUUUUAAUGUAAAAAAAAAUAAAAUUGAUAUUGAUGUGCGUAGGAAUUCAAUGGGCAUUCAAUGCCGUGCUACGUAAAAAUACGUAAAACGUUUAAAAUUGCAUGAAAUUUGGAUUAUCGCUAGAGUAAUAAGUUCUCAAUUUUCAACAUUUGUAAAUAUGAUCGAAUUUAAAUAAACUUAUGUUUUGCGAUCAAUGUA